UAGCACACCUUGGGGUUCCGAGUCGCCGCUAGGCCAAUUGGUCUUCCUCCAGGCCUGCCAGCAGGCGUCGGCACCAUGGCCUACUCUGUUGCCGCUGUAGUCGCCAGGCGGAACCUCGGAUGGAUCCCUCGACACCUCCUCGGCCGCGGCUACCAGACGGAGCGAGGGGUCUACGGCUACCGGCCGAAGCAGCGGGAAAACGGGGAACCCCGGGGAGGCCCAGCGCGUCCAGGAGUUGAUCAUGCUCUUGCCCGUUUGGUCACAGCAUACUGUGAACAUGGCCAUAAAGCUGCCAAAAUCAAUCCUCUUUUUGCCGGUCAAUCUGUGAUGGAGACUGUACCUGAAAUCCAAACUCUUGUUGAGACUCUUCAGGGACCCUUCAAUACCACAGGAUUGCUGAGCAUGGGGAAGGAGGAAGUGUCUCUAGAAGAAGUGUUGGCUUACCUUAACCAUAUCUACUGUGGGCAGAUUUCUAUUGAAACAACCCAGCUGCAGACUCAGGAGGAGAAAGAUUGGUUUUCAAACAGAUUUGAAGAAUUAAAAAAGGAGACCUUCACUACAGAAGAACGAAAACAUCUGUCACGACUAAUGCUGGAAUCUCAGGAGUUUGACCAUUUUUUGGCUACUAAAUUUGCCACAGUAAAGAGAUAUGGUGGUGAAGGGGCAGAAAGCAUGAUGGGUUUUUUCCAUGAGUUGUUAAAGACGGCAGCCUACAGUGGUGUGACAGAUGUUAUUAUUGGAAUGCCCCACCGAGGGAGGCUAAAUUUAUUGACUGGCCUUCUACAAUUUCCACCAGAACUCAUGUUUCGUAAGAUGCGUGGCUUAAGUGAAUUCCCAGAGAGCAUCUCUGCUACUGGAGAUGUCCUUUCUCAUUUGACCUCCUCUGUGGAUCUUGAUUUUGGGUCUCAUCGACCUCUUCAUGUUACAAUGCUGCCCAAUCCCUCACACCUUGAAGCUGUUAACCCUGUUGCUGUAGGUAAAACUCGUGGGAGACAGCAGUCACAGUCAGAUGGUGACUAUUCUACAGACAGCUCUGCUCAGCCAGGGGACAAAGUUAUAUGUCUGCAGGUUCAUGGUGAUGCUUCUUUCUGUGGUCAAGGGAUUGUUCCUGAAACCUUUACCCUCUCUAAUCUCCCACAUUUCAGAAUUGGUGGAAGUAUCCAUCUAAUUGUUAAUAACCAGCUGGGUUACACCACUCCUGCAGAAAGAGGAAGGUCUUCCCUGUAUUGUAGUGACAUUGGUAAGAUUGUUGGCUGUGCUGUCAUCCAUGUCAAUGGAGAUGACCCUGAGGAAGUGGUCCGUGCCACCCGCCUGGCUGUGGAAUAUCAGCGUCAGUUUCGCAAGGAUGUAAUUGUUGAUUUAUUGUGCUACCGGCAAUGGGGUCACAAUGAGUUAGAUGAACCCUUCUUCACCAAUCCCAUGAUGUAUAAGAUCAUUAGAUCACGAAAGAGCAUCCCAGAUACUUAUGCAGAGACCCUUAUUGCCCAUGGACUUAUGACCCAGGAUGAAGUGUCUGAAAUAAAGACCUCUUAUUACUCUAAGCUAAGUGAUCACCUGACUAAUAUGACACUUUAUAGCCCACCUGCUACUAAUCUGCAAGCACAUUGGCGGGGCCUAGUGGAACCUUCUGCCAGGAUCACCACCUGGGACACUGGAGUACCCAUUGAUCUACUGAGAUUUGUGGGAGGAAAGUCUGUGGAAGUCCCUGAGGAAUUUCAGUUGCACAGUCACCUUUUAAAGACCCAUGUUCAGUCCAGGAUAGAGAAAAUAAAGGAAGGAAUGAAGUUAGACUGGGCCACUGCAGAAGCUCUAGCCUUGGGCUCAUUACUUGCUCAAGGUUUUAAUGUCCGUCUGAGUGGACAAGAUGUUGGUCGUGGAACCUUCAGCCAGAGACAUGCAAUGAUUGUUUGCCAGAAAACAGAUGACACAUAUAUCCCUCUAAACCAUAUGGAUCCUAAUCAGAAAGGUUUCUUAGAAGUGAGCAAUAGUCCUCUGUCAGAAGAGGCUGUGCUGGGGUUUGAGUAUGGAAUGAGCAUCGAGAGUCCCAAGUUACUGCCUAUUUGGGAGGCUCAGUUUGGUGACUUCUUCAAUGGAGCUCAGAUUAUAUUUGACACAUUCAUCUCUGGAGGUGAAUCCAAGUGGCUUCUUCAGAGUGGGAUUGUAAUUCUCCUUCCACAUGGUUAUGAUGGGGCUGGACCAGACCAUUCUUCCUGUAGAAUGGAGCGUUUCCUACAGAUGUGUGACAGUGUGGAAGAAGGAGUGGAUGGAGAUAAUGUCAACAUGUUUGUGGUGCACCCAACUACCCCAGCCCAAUAUUUCCACUUGCUCCGAAGACAGAUGAUUCGGAACUUCAGGAAACCCCUCAUUGUUGCAUCUCCAAAAAUACUACUUAGAUUCCCUGCAGCUGUGUCAAGUUUUCAAGAAAUGGCACCAGGGACAACAUUCAAGCCUGUCAUUGGUGAUUUUUCUGUAGAUCCCAAAAAUGUUAAGAGCAUAAUUUUCUGCUCUGGUAAACAUUUCUAUGCUCUGAUGAAGCAAAGAGAAACUUUAGGGAAGAAGAAAGAUGAGACUGCUAUCAUCCGAAUAGAAGAACUCUGCCCAUUCCCACUGGAAGCAUUACAGCAAGAGUUGAGCAAAUACAAAAAUGCCAAAGAUUUUAUUUGGAGCCAAGAAGAGCCACAAAAUAUGGGUCCCUGGCUUUUUAUCUCCCCAAGAUUUGAAAAACAAUUAGCCUGCAAGCUCCGUCUGGUGAGCCGGCCUCCUUUACCAGCACCAGCUGUAGGAAUUGGAACAAUACACCUGCAGCAGCAGGAAGAAAUCCUCACCAAGACCUUUGCUUGAGGCCUUUUUCCGAAGAAAUGCGACUUCCUUUUAGAAACUGCCUUAAAAAGAAGGGUCUCUUUUUCCUAAUUCAAGUUCCAGCUUCCAGACUGUCAUUUUCUCACAAGUGGGACCUUACAAGGGCAGAUGAUUGUCAACAGAGAAAACAGGAUGGAUAUGUUUGCAUGUGAAUUUUUUUUUGAGUACUUAAUUUGUUUACAGUGAGUAUCUAUUUUGGUUUGGGAUAUACUCAAGCAAAGUUGAGAAUCAAGACCUUCUCUCCCCGAUUGUCCCCCAAACUACUUUUAUCCUAAUUUUCUGAGCAUGAAUGUGCAUAGGAUCUGUGAUUUCAUCAGUAUUCCAGUAUGUGACUUAAUAGAGAAAUCCUGGGGAGUUACUUGAGAUAUAUAGGAUAUCCUCAAAGUUUAAGUGCAAUUUUAAGCUUUAAGACCUUAAACUAUUAAUUUUUUAAUAACUUAAAAUGGCACCAAAUCUUUUGGGACACAUGACUAGAAAUUUAUAUUCUGGUUAAGUGACCUGAUCAAAACCAUAGCCAGUAAGCUUUAGAGACAGCAUUUGAAAUCCAGUGUACCUGAUAGCAAGGCUAACACACUGUCCUUUACACCAAGCUGCCUCUACAGUUUUCUAGAUAUUACAAACAAAAUAUUUUUGUGCUUGAGUCAUAGUUAUAUAUUAUCUGGAUUCUCCAUUUCACUUGUUUAUUGUAGGCCUAGCUAGGUUUCAUUGCUUUUUGCCUUUUUUUUUUCUUCCCAUAAUCCUUCUGACAACUACCAAUAGCUUUGGACUCCAGUAUGCCGUAGAAUCUGGGAUGUUUCUGUUAAAGCUAUUUUAAAAAAUGUUUCAUACAAGUGCUUCAGAAAAGCUGGGUUGGUCCUAAUUUACAUUCUUAAAGAUUGGGGUGCUUUAUUUGUCCAGUUAUAGUUAUCCUUUUAAAUUAAAGGGUUUGUGAUAUGUAAACUACAAUAAUAUUGCUUUUCAGAUGGAUGAUUUAGGUGCUUUGAAGUAAAUGACCUGUAGCCUCUUAUCAGAGCAUUUCUCUUUCAGAUUGCUUUUAUAAAGAAUAACUGUAAUAUUUGGAGAACUAUUAAGAGGGUAUCAGUGCUCUGACUAAAUUAUCUUUAGGAGCCGUUCAUGAAGGAAUAGUGGCUAUUUGGAUAGGGUGUUUUAGAAGUACUAUAUUCUUUGAUAGAGGAAGCUUCGGGAUCCACGACUCUCAGGGACUAUUAGAAGUCAUUGUCCUCUGAAGAAUUCUGAAAUGAUAUGUUGUACUAGAGGAUUAACUAAGGUUCAGUCCAAUGCUGCUGAACCAAUUACAAACCCAUUUCAUAAUAGAAGUUUUCACUGCUCCUGAAUACCUGUACUUUCAUUACUGUUAACCAGGCACCCCAGAGGUAUUAGAAAGAUGAAAUGAACCUAUUCCAUACAUCCUUUUUUUUCUUACUUUUUGGCACAUAAUAGGUAUAGGUAAAUUAUGCUUAGAUUUUCCUGCUUUGGCUACAGGUUUAUCAUUAACUAUUAUUUGCAACAUCCAAUAAGUGUAUGUAUUGAUCUAAUAUAUAAUCUUAUAUACAAUUGUAGUACAGAUUUCCUUUUUUUCAUUUACUCCUUAAUGUUCCUUCUCUGUGUAAAGACAUAAUUGUGCCAGUUAUAAAUUGCUAAAAUUUCAAAGGUCAUUGUAAGGUGAGACUUGUUAUUACUGAGCUCCAAUUUUAACUGGAGAAAAUUAGAGCUAUAACACCAUCUAAUCUUGUCAAACCUCUGCAGUUUUUGAGCAAAAUGGAAUGCUUAUUUAACCUAUAAAUAUGAUCAAAUUAAGCCACUUUAAUUAAGCAGCUUUCCCAAUUUUCAGUUUUAUAAAUUAAUCAAUCCCUCUUCAUUUCAGUCCUCUAUAAGUUCAACUGUGAAACAUAAAAACUCACUUUUUCUUUUGUCAUCUUGACCUUGCUCGUUUCCAGUUAUAUUUUGGAUAUCCAUGCAAGAAAGAAAUGUCUAAAGAGUUUCAAAUAAAAUAGAUUUCUUUUUAAUUAAGCAUUUAUUUCAUUUUCCUUCUAGGUAUGUGAAGAAUUUUAAGAUAAUUCUAAAAUGCUUAAAAUAAGCUAUCUCAUGCAUUCCUUAUUGUAUCUAUGUAUGUGUUGAAGGAAAAUUCAAAUUUGUCAAAAAGCAUUAAAAUUGGUUUACAGUUAGCCUCUUGAGGUUUGGGGAAAAAAUCAUAAAAGAACUGUUUGAAUUGCAAAAUUUAAUCAUGUAAAGUUGUUUACUAAAACCAUUUUGUUCAGUGAAUAAAAAAAAAAUCUUGAGUUCACAA